UAACCUAUUAAUGAUAGCUAAGAAACUUAAAUAAAGUAAGCAAAUAAUAACAAAAAAUUUUAAUAUAGCAAAUGUAAAUCAUAAGGAAAUAGGAUAAAUAAAUUGAAAUUCUAAAAAGAUUAUUUAGAUAAUGCAAUAAAAGAACACUAUAUUAAAUAAUAAUUUAAAAAUCAAACUAGUUAAGAAUUAGAGCAAUCUUCAGAUACUUAUAACAGUGAAGAAGAUGAUUAUUUAGAUAAAAAUAAAGGUUAUUAUUCAGAUUCAGAAGUAAAGAAAUUUUAUGUUGAUGAAACUCACUUUUAAUAAUCAAUAAUGAAUCUAGGCCUUAAUGAUUUCGAAUUUAAAAGAAUUUUAGGGGUAGGAGCAUUUGGUGCAGUUUGGUUAGUUAAAAAAAAAACUACUAAUGAUGAAUAUGCAUUAAAAAUUAUAGAUUGUUCAUAAUAAAUGGAUAGAAAUUAAAAAGAAAAUUUAAAAGCUGAAAGUGAUAUAUUUGAAAUAUUAACAGGGGAAUAUGUAGUGAAGGCAAUCUAUUCGUUUUAAUUUGAAAAUUAUUUAUUUUUUGUUUUAGACUAUAUAAGUGGAGGCGAUUUUAGGCUUUUAUUAAAUCGAGAAUGUAGGUUAGAUGAAGAAACAACCAAAUUUUAUAUCGCAGAGAUAAUUAUAGCAAUUGAAUAUUUGCAUUCUUAGAAUAUUAUUCAUAGAGACCUUAAACCUGAAAAUGUUCUUUUGGAUAAAAAUAUGCAUAUUAAAUUGGCUGACUUCGGUUUAUCAGAAGUUGGAAUUGCUAACAAAUUGCAAUUGAAUAAUAACGAAUAAUCUGUGAUAAAUCCUUCUAAAAAAAAUAGAGUUGUUGGAACCCCUGAUUAUAUUCCUCCUGAAGUUAUUAAUGGAGUUUCUACUAGUAACCCUUCUAUUGAUUGGUGGAGUUUAGGAGUUAUGAUUUAUGAAUUUGUUGUUGGCUACCUUUUAGUGGUGAUACUGUUGAAGAAGUUUUUAGUAAUAUUAAAAAAGGAAACAUAGAAUGGCCUUCAAUUGGGUAUUCUGAAGAUGAUAUUUCUCCUGAAGUAUAAGAUCUAAUUGUUAAAUUACUUAAUCCUGAUUAUAAAUAAAGAUUAGGAGCAAAAAGUGUAAACGAUAUCAAAAAUCAUAAAUUUUUAAAGGUUUUUUUAGUUAAAAAUAAAUAAAUGUUUCAUUUAUAGGUGUAGAUUGGAAAAUAUAUUUAAAUAAAAAGCUUCAUUAGAAGGUUAUAAUUAAGACGAAGAUUAAAGUGUAUAUGUAAGUGAAUAAUAAUUGAUAAAAAUGUAAAGAGAAAAGGAAAAAUUAGAAAAACUUUUAAAAAGAUAUAGCAUUGAUAAAAGAAGAAGUACAAUAAAAAUUGAUGGAAUAAAAAAUUUAUGGAGAGUUGAUUUACUAGCAACAAUGAAUAAAUAAGAAGCAGAAGCUAUAAAAAGCAAAGUUGAAUAAUAAGUUAUUAAAAAUUAAGAAAAAAUGAAUAAAUUGCUUAAAGCAGCAAUUAAUUUAGAGAAUAGCCAAAUGUGA